AUGGAGAAAAGUAGGAACUCGCUGAUGCUCUGUUUCUCUGCGAUGAUGCUGUGGUUUCUCUCCGCCGCCGCCGCCGCCGCCGGCUAUCUGUACACUCUGUCCUGCAGCCCCGACAAGUACUUCAAGGGCGACAACGAGCUCCGGACGGGCAUCACGGUGGUGCUCCAGAAUCUGGUUCAGUACUCGUCGGAUGCGGGGGGACCCCAUCUCAAUUGGGAAUUCCAAUACCCUGCCGACGAUCCUCACGUCUACGGCGCCGCCUUUUGCCCGUGGCCGGAACCGGAGGAAUGCGGGCGGUGCCUCAGGAGGGCGAGGAAGACGCUCCUCCAUGAAUGUUACCACAGCGCCGGUGCUGUGUUCCGCUCCGAGCUUUGUUACAUGAGAUUUGAGUUUUAUAGUUUUCAUUAA